UAUGGAAAACAAUGUGACAUAUUAUGCUGUGCCGUACCGGGGAAUAAACAAAAAUCCCGUCGGGGGACGCAGAAGGAACGGGCAUACCAACUCUUGCAUGUGAAUUAAAUUAAUUUCUUGAGAGAAACCUUCAUAAAGGGCUAAAUAAACAAGGUCUACAUAUACAGACAUUUCUUACUUUUGCUGCGUUUGAGACCCAGCUAAACUCUUCUGUCUGGAAAUCUGAAGACUUUUAUAGCAAAUCCUCCAGUGUCAAAAUGAACACAGAUAGCGGUGGGUGUGCUCGCAAACGUGCUGCAAUGUCUGUCACAUUAACAGCUGUGAAGAGAGUUCAGAGUUCUCCAAACCUGUUGGCCUCAGGGUCUGAUUCUCAGUCUCUAGAUUCAGCUUGGCGAUCUUACAAUAAUGGCAGUAGAGAGACUCUGAAUGGAGACGCUAGCAGUUCAUCUCUUUCAGCAAAAGGUUUUAGGAGCGUGCGGCCAAAUCUACAGGAUAAAAAAUCUCCAACUCAGGCUCAGAUCACAGUGAACGGGAAUUCUGGCACUGCUGCCAGCCCAGUGAGUCACUUUCAAAGGCCUUUUUCCCCUUCUUCAGCUUACUCUCCACCAGCUUCACUUAAUUCCAACAUUGUUAUCAUGCAGCAUGGCAGGAUGAUGGAGUCUACAGAGACAUAUUCACAGCAUGUUCAGAAUGUUGGCAGCACCACCACCACCAGUACAAUACCAAUCUGUAGAACCUCAGAAGAAGAAAAAAAAAUUACAGUAAUUAAAGCUCCACAUUAUGCAGGGAUUGGCCCGGUAGAUGAAUCUGGAAUCCCUACAGCAAUUAGAACGACAGUUGACAGGCCAAAGGAUUGGUACAAGACAAUGUUCAAGCAAAUCCAUAUGGUUCAUAAGCCUGAUGACGACACAGACUUGUAUAAUACUGCAUAUGCAUACAAUACUGGUAGCUACAGUCCAUCCUUCUCUGCUCAGGCACACCCAGCUGCAAAGACACAGACGUACAGACCACUGUCCAAAAGCGCUUCUGACAGUAGCUCUGAUGCCUUUAAGGUCUCGUCCCCUUUGCCACCCCAUGUGCCACCACCAGUUCCACCACAUCGUAUGAGGCAAAGAUCUACACCAGAAAAGAACGACUGGGACCCUCCUGACAGAAAGGUAGACACUCGCAAGUUUCGCUCUGAACCAAGAAGUAUUUUUGAGUAUGAGCCGGGAAAGUCAUCGAUCCUGGAGCACGAAAGACCGGCUUCCUUAUAUCAUCACUAUUCAACAGACAGAGGCCUGGACAGGCCCUCUAGUUCUGCAAGUACUGCGAGCGACUACAGGAAGCGAAGGAAGUCAGAACCUGCUGUAAGUCAUCAGAGGGCACACAGCGAUCAGAACGCCAACAGACCCAACCUGGGCCGCACAGACACACAGGGCCCGUGUACCACCCUUAGGAAGCCUUUAACUAGCUCAUCUCCUUCUUCUCCAUCAAGAGCAAAAGGUGGGGAUAUUAGCAAAGUAUAUCCAUCCCUUUUAAGUUACUCAGUGCACAACCACAACACCUCAAAUGAAUUAGAUUACUGUAGCACUUACAGACAACAUUUAGCUGUUCCAAAUGAUUCAAGAAGGGCAACCAGCUACAAGAAUGGCUGGCAAAUGACUCGCCAAAAUGCAGAAGUCUGGAGCAGCACAGAGGAGGCUGCCUCUCCAAAGAGGAAAUCUCGUAGCUGUGAUGACCUGUUAACAGAUGAUCGCGAUAGCUACCCCGAUGCCCAGGCCAAGGCUGAAAGCAUGGGCUCUCUGUUAUGUGAGGAGGACUCCAAAGAAAUCUGCUCAAUGAACUGGAACUCCCCAUAUGUUGAGGGCCGUGGUAGUGGCAGGUCAAGAGUUCGUCACAGAUCUGCACACGAUGCUCCAGGUUUCCUGAAGAUGUACAAAAAGAUGCACCGCAUCAAUCGCAAGGACUUGAUGAAUUCUGAGGUGAUUUGUUCUGUCAAGUCCAGAAUACUGCAAUAUGAAAAAGAACAGCACAAAGGUAUUCUUCAAGGCUGGAGAGAGUCUUCUACUGAGGAGGUGCCCAGAGAUAUGGUGCCAACCAGAAUAUCUGAAUUUGAGAAGUUAAUUCAGAAGUCAAAAUCAAUGCCGAACCUUGGUGAUGACAUGUUGUCAACUGUUACAUUAGAGCCUCCUAAAAAUGGCUUGUGUCCAAAGAGGAGAUUUUCUAUUGAAUCUCUGCUGGAAGAAGAAACUCCAGUCAGACAUCCCUCUCAGGUACAACGGAGCUACAAGUCUAAAGCCCUGGUGCCAAUUCAUAUUGAAGUGACCAGUGAUGAGCCACAACGAUCACAUAUAGAUUUCUCAGACAGCGAUCAAGACGGAGUGGUUUCUGAUCUCAGUGACUUUAUCCAGAUAGAGGGUUCAUCCUUUUGUAGUGAAAGUGACUUUGAUCACUUUUCCUUCACUUCAUCUGAAAGCUUUUAUGGGUCAGGCCAUCACCACCACCACCAUCACCACCACCACAGGCAUCUCAUUAGCUCCUGCAAAGGGCGAUGCCCAGCAUCCUACACCCGCUUCACCACCAUGCUCAAACAUGAAAGGGCUAAGCAAGAAACCACUGAAGAUCCAAGGAGACAGGAAGCAGAAUCUGGCCUGUCUAAGAUAGCAUUCCUCGUCAGUCCAGUGCCUUUCCGGAGGAAAAAAAGUGCAGCUCCUAAAAAACAAACUGAAAAGAAAAAAUGCAAAUCAUCAGUAUUUGAAGCACUAGAUUCUGCACUUAAAGACAUCUGUGACCAAAUUAAAGCUGAAAAAAGGCGGGGAAGCUUGCCUGACAACAGUAUAUUACACAGACUUAUUACUGAGCUGCUUCCAGACAUUCCAGAAAGGAAUUCAUCUCUUAAAGCUCUGAAAAAGAGUCCCAUGCACCAGCCUUUUCAUCCACUGCCUCAAGAUGGUGCUAUCCAUUGUCCACUGUACCAGAAUGAUUGUGGAAGAUUACCUCUUAGUGCCUCUUUUCCAGACAUGGAUGCAACUAACAACAAUGAUAGUGCACUGUGUUUCCAAGACCAGGAGUCUCCUGGAAGCUAUUCUUCUGCUUUCACUGAUGUGGGACGAUGUACUCCAAGGGAGAGAAGAGGAACUACAGACAAAGAGAAACUGCCAGCUAGAGCUGUAUAUGACUUUAAAGCUCAAACAUCUAAAGAGCUGUCCUUUAAGAAAGGAGAUACUGUCUAUAUCCUCAGGAAAAUUGAUCAAAACUGGUAUGAGGGUGAGCACCAUGGAAGAGUUGGAAUAUUCCCAAUUUCUUAUGUUGAGAAACUUUCUCCCCCAGAAAAAGCACAGCCUGCCAGGCCACCUCCCCCUGCACAGAUUGGAGAGAUUGGAGAAGCUGUUGCCAAAUAUAAUUUCAGUGCAGACACAAAUGUGGAGUUAUCACUUAGAAAGGGAGACAGAGUAAUUCUUCUUAAGCGAGUUGAUCAAAACUGGUAUGAAGGUAAAAUACCAGGAACCAACAAACAAGGCAUCUUCCCUGUUUCCUAUGUAGAAGUCAUCAAAAAGAAUCCAUCAAAAAGUGUUGAUGACUAUCCUGACCCUCCGAUACCCCAAAGCUAUUCUAGUGACAGAAUACAUCAAUUAAGUUCCACUAAGCCACAGCGCCCUGUGCUUUCUCAUGAAAAUAUACACAGUGGGGGGGAACCGUUUCAGGCUCUAUAUAACUAUACUCCUAGGAAUGAAGAUGAAUUGGAGCUCAGAGAGGGAGAUGUCAUUGAUGUGAUGGAAAAAUGUGAUGAUGGAUGGUUUGUGGGAACCUCAAGAAGAACCAAAUUCUUUGGUACUUUCCCUGGAAACUAUGUCAAGAGGCUGUGAAAUUUUUUUUCCUACUUAUUUAUGCUGCAUCUCUGCAACACAUCUGCAUAAAGCUGCUAGAAAACAUGCUACGCUGGCCUUCUGUUUUCUUGCUUGCAGUCUCAAAUAGAGGCCAUCUAGUUCAUCCUCAUCCCAUCCCACCCGCCAAACCGUUCCAGCAGUAUUACAGCAACGACCACAAUGUGAAUAACUAAGCUUUUCUGAGACAAGAGGAAUCAUUUCAACAUUUAAAUACUCCCUGCUUUAAAGUCUUUUCAUGUGAAACACGAUAGGAAAAGCCUGAUGACAGGUACACAGAGGAGUUGCCAUGGGGGGGCUGGGGGGAAGGGGAAAAAAUUAUUCUUGGUUUGAACAUUUGUGGUACUACCAUGAAGUCUGGUGGGAUUUUUUCAGCAUGCAUGUAAUACAGAGGAAAGUUGCUGUUUACUAUUUUUUAAAAAAUUGAUUUUACACAUUCUUAUUAGCUUGGCAGCAUUUGUUGCUUCCACAUUGCUGUGUCACAGGUUUGCCUAUUGUACUGGUUUACAAUGUAUGACAAACUAUAAUAUAGAUUUUUUUGCCUGCACUUGUAUGCUGUAACAAAUGCACAGUGAUUGUAAAAUCUCAAGCAAGCAAAGUGAAAAAUGGAAGAACUGCAAGUGUUCUGAACGGGUGCAAUGGUAUUGGCUAAAUCUUUUUUCUUUUUUUCCCUAAUGAAAAACUGUAGUGAACCUGUAGUAUUUCCUGUUAAAAGGUAAGAAGUGCAAAAGGCACAAAGACUUGGGAAAGAGGAUUUAAGGAAGAGCAAGAAAAUGCUGUAAGCGUAGACAAUAAUAACUUGCUAUUGAUGUCUGAUAUUAAAUGGUUGUAAUCAAAAUGUUGUAAUAGUAAGCAACAUGAAGUGUAAGAGGUUAGUGUUUUUACUUAUCAGGAAAUUAAAGAAGCAGGAAGAUAAACAGUGUUAGUGCAAAGGGUUGUUGGGUUUUUUGGUUUUUUCUUCCCUAACAUAGCCACCUGAAAAAUAUUCACAAGCAUCAUGUACUGAUUUAUUUCACUAUAUAUGUGUAUGUAUGUUAAUGAAACCCAAGUUACACAUUCUUUUUAGGAAUUUAGACAGAAAAAUGUCACAAGUAUUAAAAACUGAUAUAUUUUAGAGGUGUUGGGUUUUGGUUUUUUGUCUGAAUGAACAAGUGUUUGAAAACAUACAUUUUCCAUAAGCAAAGUUAAGCAUAAAUAGCAAAUGAAAUUAAGGCACAGGAUAAUAAUGACUAUGGCUUUAUAAAAACAAAAAUUCAGAUUUGGUUCCUUUGGCACCUUAUAGAUGGCAAAAGCUUCUGCUGCAUUUUUCAUGGGUAAAGGAUCAAAAUUAUCAAAAUGUAUGUAGUCUCUGUAGCAUUUUGUACAUAAUUUUGCUUUUUUGUACAGAGCCAUUUGGUUGUUGAUUUUUAAAAAAUUAAGUUUCUUAUUUGCCCUCUUCACGUACAGAACAUUUCAAUGCGUUUUUCUUUUCUUGCUCUGUUUACCAUAAGCACAUUCGGAUAGUGCAAUUCUGUAAGAUAGCCUUUUAUGCAAAAUUUUAUUAAUUAAAAUAUGGUUUACCAGCCAAAUCUAAAUGUACAUAUGUCUUUAUUACUGAGAAAGGUCAUUAAGGCAAAGGUAAAGAAACAUCUUUGUGCAGCAUACCUUUAUUAUUGCAGAUUUCAUGGCAAAAGCUUUAUAUUCAAAGGCUUUCAAUUUUAAACUAGAUCUGCAUGCAGCUUUGCUGUGAGAUUAAUACUAUCUUUGAUGCCAUUUAUGAUUGAGGACUUAAAUAUCUGUUGCCUGUGAUAUUUAAAAAGUACUGUUUCUACUCUGUAUCUGAUUUUAGAAAAAUGCAGGUUUUUCAUACCUGGCUUUCAGGUAACUGACUUUGAAUUCCUACAAGCAAAAGGUCUCUGUGGUUUUUUUUCUUGAAUAGACUUCUAAUAAAUUUUGCUUGGAGUACAAAA